AUGGUCAAACUUUAUCACACUCAUGAACUAUCACCAAACCAAUGUUCUUCCUUGUUAGUCCAAUCAAUUGAUGCACCACUUCCUUUAGUAUGGUCAUUGGUUAGAAAAUUUGAGAAGCCACAAUGCUACAAGAAUUUCAUAGGCAGUUGCAAGUUGUUGUCUGGUGAAGGUGGUGUUGGUAGCAUAAGGGAACUUAACUUAGUUUCUGGAUUUCCUGGGAAAAAAAGCAUAGAAAGGUUGGAUUUUCUUGAUGAUGAUAUGCAUGUGUGUGUGUUUAGUGUUGUUGAUGCUGACCAUAGUUUCUUGAACUUUAAAUCUACUACCACUUUGCAUGAGGAUAAAGAUCAAGAGAAAGAAAAAGAAGUAGAUGGAGUAAGGAACUAUACAAUUAAUAAGACAAUUGCUAUCGAGUCUUAUGUUGUUGAUAUUCCUGAAAAUAGUUGUAAAGAAGAUACUUGUGAGGUGACUGAUAAUAUCUUGAGAUGGAACCUUAGAUCUUUAGCUUGGGUUGCUGAAAAUGUUGAUACUAAAGUUUCUUCCUUGGACUUGAACAAAAAGGAAAUUGCUUGUUAG